GCCAUCUGCAGCAAAACUUCUUCGAAAAGAAACAAAAUAUAGCAUAGACUCGAACGGAUCUGAUUCCUGCUCAUUCCUUUAGAAGAUCGCAGUCCUUGACAGUAAAAACAAAGACAGACAGAAAAAGAGAAACCUCUAGCAAAGUGUCCGUGGGUUUCUGGGUUCAGUGGGGCACUUGCGACUGCAUCGAUUUGUAAGAGCACGACUUAGCAACCCAGCACACUUGACUUUCGAAUCACUGCCAACACGAACGAUAUUUCUCGACGAUUAUCUACCGAUCCUAUCAAAACCCAACGUUGACCUUUGCGCCUACGAUCAUCAGGCGCUUAGCCUGAUAAUCCAUGAAUAAUCAUGUCCGCGAUUCUCUCCGUUGACGACCUGAACGACUUCAUCAGCCCGGGCGUAGCCUGCAUCAAGCCCAUCGAGACUUUGCCGACCGCCGCGCCGCCCGCAGGCGACGCCAACUCCUCCCUCGAAGUGGAGGUUAUACUUGACGGCCAGCAACCAGAAGCCAAGAGUAAUGCUCCGCCGGCUGAAAUCUCGCUUACCGACUGUCUCGCCUGCUCUGGCUGCGUAACGUCUGCCGAGGCGGUACUAGUCAGUCUACAGAGUCACAAUGAGGUUCUCAACAUGCUGGACUCCGCCCCGGCUUUGAAGCUGGUAGGACCUGAUGCGAACGGAAAGCACUCUGUUCAAGGCCUGGAAAACAGCGACGCGAAGCUAUACGUUGCCAGUGUCUCUCCUCAGAGCAGAGCCAGUUUGGCUGCAGCAUGCGGCAACGGUGUUACAGAGCAGCAAGCUGGUCGGAUGAUCGAACAGCUAUUCUUGGGUGAACAGGGUCUAGCAAGAGGUGGAAAAUGGGGGAACAAGUUCACGUGGGUGGUGGACACAAACACGGCGCGGGAGGCAACUCUUGUCCUUGGGUCUGACGAAGUCCUUGGAGGCUUGAUAGCGCCGUCUGACAAAGCUGCUACACCAGUUCUCACUGCUUCGUGCCCUGGUUGGGUAUGCUAUGCAGAAAAGACACACCCCUACGUACUACCGCAUCUUUCCCGAGUAAAAUCACCCCAGGCCCUCAUGGGCACCCUUUUGAAAACAUCCCUCAGUCGAAUCCUUGAUAUCGCACCCGAGAGGAUAUGGCAUUUGGCUGUGAUGCCAUGUUUCGACAAGAAGCUCGAGGCUAGUCGUGAAGAGUUGACAGAUGCUGUCUGGGCUGGGGAUGGCAAGCCGGGCAGAGGAGUACGGGACGUCGACUGUGUUAUCACAAGCAAGGAGGUACUCAUGCUUGCCGCAUCCAGAGGCUUUGACUUUUUCAGUCUGUCGGCCUCGAUGCCGCCCCAAACCCCUCGAUUUCCAGACCAAUUAAUACACGACUUCCUAUUUCGACCCGGUCACCGUCAACAGUCACGUGAAGCUGGCACAUCCGGCGGUAACAUGCACUUCAUCCUUCGCCACCUGCAAGCGAAGAAUCCGGGCUCACAGAUACAGACGGUACCAGGGAGGAACGCCGACGUUGUCGAAUACAAGUUGAUCGCGGAAGCGGGCGAGGUUAUGUUCAAGGCAGCGCGGUAUUAUGGGUUCCGAAAUAUUCAGAACUUGGUCCGCAAGCUGAAACCCGCAAAGACAUCCCGAAUGCCUGGCGGAAAGCCGUUUGGUAGCGCCAAGAGGCCGGCAGGCAAAGCCAGCGGUUUGGACUAUGGCUAUGUUGAGGUAAUGGCUUGCCCAGGCGGCUGUACCAAUGGAGGUGGCCAGAUCAAGGUAGAUGACCAAGUGGUAGUUGAUCGGAAGGGUCUCGCUGUAAAACCAGGACCCCAGGAGCAGAAGGAGUGGCAGAAAGAAGUCGAUGAAGCGUACUUCUCGGGAGACGAGUCAGGCUCAAGAGCCCAGGAUGAGAGUUUGGAUCUGGUUGUUGAUGGCAUUUCCCCUUCGCAUAUCCGAAAUGUCUUGACCCACUGGUCAACAUUGACGGGGAUACAGCUGGAAAGACUGGCGUACACAAGCUAUCGGGAGGUUGUCAGUGACGUCGGUAAGGAGAAGAAGAUGACUGAUACUGAGAGAGUCGUCCAGCUUGCGGGGAAGAUUGGCGGAGGAUGGUAGAGCGCCGCACACCAGUCAGAGACCUAUCGGGGGAUCGUCAAUAUGAAUAAUGAAGGUUACCCAGCUUAUCCUCCACGGCGAGCGAAUCCAAAUCCUCCUCUUCCACUGCUGUCUGGACCUCUCGGUGCCCGAAUAGCUUGAUCUUCAUCCCGUCGAGAAUUUGAUUUGCUAACGUUCGGAGAGUCCUCUGCCGACC